CGGCAAUAGCAACCGACAGCAAUAUGGCGUUCUCAAACAACCCCGUUUUGUUUUAGGUGUUGAUUUUGUUUGAUAUCACUUACUGAAAAGACCUCUACCUGACCAUCAUGCCCUUAGGGCCGUUUGGAGAGGUGGUUGGUACCACUGGGACCCUGGAGGCCCUAGGUCCAGAGGCUGCCAACUACCGGAGCAAAGUUAUCGCUCCAAGGAAUCCCAAACUCCUGAAGCCAGGCGAUGAGGAAGGACAUAAGAUGACUCCUAGUAAGUUUCUGUUUGACAUGCAAAUGGAUACAGAGCAGAAACUUGCCAAUACACACUACAUGAAGGUGCCAAGGAAAAUAGAGUUGUUGGAUAUGGCAGAUACCAGCUUACAAAGGUUUUCUCAAAUCAACAUUGAUGAACCAAUGUUCCAGCCCUACCCAUCUGAGAUAUUCUUCCAGAACUUUAAGCCGUUUGAAGUAUAUGAGGUGCCACUGAUUUUGAGAAAUAAUGACAAGGUGCCACGCCUAGUGAAAGUUACCCAGGCUGAUUCGCCCUACUUCAGUGUAAUCAGCCCUCACGAUGUCGGCAACAAAGUGGGACCAGGACUCCCAACUACCUUCAAAAUACAAUUCACACCAGAUGAGAAAAAGGACUACAACCAUGAGCUGGUGUGUAUCACGGAACGCGAGAAGUUUAUUGUUCCUGUCAAGGCCAUUGGGUCACGAGCUAUACUGGACUUUCCUGAUAACAUCAUCUUUCCAGUGGGACCAGUCAAGCAUACAAGCAGCAGGACACUUCUCAUCCGAAACAUUGGCAAUAAGGAGGCCAAGUUUACACUCUCUGUGGAAAAUCCCUUUACCGUGAGCCCAGAGAUAGGCACACUGCCUGUGCAGGACAGCAUGCAGGUGACAGUGGAGUUCAACCCCAAGAAGACCGGUGAUCACAUGAAAGAUCUCAGCCUACAUUAUCAUACAGGGGAGGAUGUGUUGAUAGCUUUGCAUGGACAAGCUCAGGAUGCAAACAUGAGGCUGGAUAAAAACUCGCUGAGAAUUGAAAACACUUUCAUUUCCAUGGCCAAUGAAAGGACAGUGACAAUACACAACAGGACUGAUGUGAUCGCUCACUUCCGCUGGACACAGUUCGCUACACAAGAGGAGGAAGACCAGCAGAAACACAGGUUGACCAGCACGCUGACUUCAGAAGAACAGUCUGAUACAGAGAAGUUUCUCCAGGAGUGUGUCCAGGAUCCCACUCUCCGGGACAAACUGUCAAUACUUGGACGGACAUUCCAGAAUAGGAGAAUGCUGGUAGAAAAUGACAACAUGCUUUUUAAUGAUGAUGUGGUCAAAAUUGAACCUGUUGAGGGAGACAUUUGGCCAAACUCAAGCUUCGAGGUUAAUGUUAUAUUCAAGCCGAGAGAAGCGCAAAGCUACACACGGACAGCCUUCUGUGAUGUGACUGGAAGAGAGAGUCGUCUGCCCUUGAGAAUCCGUGGGGACGGUGUUGGACCAAGUGUACAGUUCUCGUUUGAAUCAUUAGACAUGGGCAACAUCUUCAUAGGCUCUAAGCACACGUACGAGAUUGUGCUCGCAAACAAAGGGGAUAUAGAUGCUAUCUACAGUGUGAUGCCAAACUCCAGCAUCUUUGGACCCUGUUUUAGUUUCAACCCUUCAGAAGGCAUUGUGAUGCCUGGUGGCCACCAAGCUAUACAUAUCUCAUUCACCAGUCCUUACCUAGGGGACUUCCAGGAGACAUUCCAGUUCCAAGUAGAUGGGCAACCUGAAAUACUGGAGGUCCAAUUCAGUGGUUCUGUGAUUGGACCAACCUUUCAGUUCAAUGUCCAGAAGCUCAAGUUUGGGGUUAUAUCAUACGGGUUCCUCAAUACAGAGACUUGUGUGUUACAAAACACAUCAUUGGUACCCAUGAGUUUCCAUCUGAGGGUGCCGGGAGAUGGCAGCUCUGACAGUAUCUGUUGUACCAAUGACCUUGACAGUGCUCACAGUGAUAGGGGCUCUCCCACCGCCAGACCAGGGGCAGGGCCUCCAAAGGAGUUUGAGAUUAUCCCUGCAUCUGGAACACUUCAACCACAAAGUGAAAUCAAAAUCACAGUCAACUUCAUCUCCAACACGAUUAAGAAGUAUGAGAUGGCUAUGGUUGUUGACGUGGUCAAUGUCGGGGAGGAGAUCUUGACACUCCCCAUUUAUGCUAAGUGUAUUGUGCCCAAUGUGUCCGUGCUGAGCCCAAUGCUGGACUAUGGUCGGUGUUUUCUGAGGCAUUCCUAUGAACACAGUGUGAAGCUCCAUAAUGACACAGAUCUACCUGCUAAAUACGAGUUGGUUACACAGAAUGUACAUAGAGAUACUCCCAUCACAUACAAGAGCCCACAGCCCAAGGGAAUUGUGGAGCCUCACUCUCUGUGUGAGGUGCCAAUCAUCAUACAAGCCGAGGCCCUAGAGGAGCAGCAGGUUAUCUCAUAUUUCUCCAUAUUUGGAAGUCCAGAUCCACCAUUGUCGGUGCAGAUAAGCUGUACUGGGGAGGGGCCUGUGGUCCAUAUCUCCCCUAUGGACAUUGACUGGAACGUAAUCCCAGUACUCACAGAUACACCCAGGAAAGUGAUACUGUCGAACGAAUCUCUUAUUCCAGCAAAGUUCACGGCACAUAUGGUGAGACAGAAAUCGGUGUUCCGUGUAGAGCCAGCCGAGGGAGAAAUCCCUGCAGAAAAGACACUUGAACUCACAAUAACAGCUAACCUCAAUGAUUGUGUGAGGUUCCAAGAUAAGUUGCAAGUUAAUUUCUUGGAGAGCCAGGUUCGUCAUAUCCCCUUGACAGCGUAUGGCCAAGGCACCACUAUAGUCUCAGAUCCUCCGCUCACUCCUCAUCUGAACCUGGGGCCAAACUUCAGUAACCGCCCCCUACAGAAGACAUUCACUUUGACCAACAAGAGCCGACGACACCAACAGCUGGUUUGGAGUAUGGAUGGCUUUGGGCCCAUUGCCAAAGCUAAAAAGGAAAUUGCCUCCUACAAUGCACUUGACAUGAAGUUCAAGAACACUCCCCCACCACCAGAACCUAGACGGCCCAUAUUCAAGCUGAACCCCAACAGGUUUGACCUACCACCAGGUGCUAGCAUGGACAUGCACAUAGAAGGAAUGGUGGACAGUCCCCAGAAUGUGAAAGAGAGGCUGAUGUGUCACGCAAUCAUUGGACGUCAGGGAGGGAAAGAGCUGAUCAUGAGAGUGGACGUGUCAGCCGACUUCAUCAGUCCAUUGUUAGAGUUCUCUACGAAAGCCGUCUACUUCAGGGUUGACAAGAAACCAGAGGAGGAGUUAACCGUCCAGACGAGAGAGCUUAAGAUGACCAAUGUGUCCACAUUGCCUUUAUCCACCGGUCUGAAACUACAACACCCAUUUCAAAUCGUAAUGGAUGAUGGUUCAUUAACAUCAGAAAUGGAUGUAAGACUCAACGUCAAUGAAGAGUACACACUCAUGAUCCAGUUUGACCCCGCCUAUAAAGAUGACCUCCACAUACGCACCAUUGAUGAUAUUCUUCAUGUCACCUACCAGGAACAUCCUCACAUAGACUACAUAGCACUUAGAGGAGAGGUGUACUUUCCUAACAUUGACUUUGAGAAGAGCGUCGUAGACUUUGGCUGUAUUCUGAACGACACAGAGGUGACUAGGUAUGUCAACAUAACUAACAACAGUCCCAUGGAGGUGAAGUACCACUGGUCCUUUUUGGUGGGUAAGGAGCCGAAUGUGGUGAUCAGACACCCACCCAAGCCUGUGGUGACGCUGCCACAUAUUGAGGAGGCAGAGGAGGCAGCUUCAGAGGUCCAUCCGGAGAUCGCUGUUCUUAUACAGGAGCCAUCACUUCUUGUGGAUGAUGAAGAGGACAGAGAGGAGGAGGAGGAAAAGGCUGACCUUGAACCUACAAAAGAAAGUGAUAUAUUGCUAGGCAGCAGUAUCCAUGGUGAUGCAGAUGACCUACACAAGGAGCAAGAUUCUGACCGUUCAUUUGACAACAAAGUUACAGAGGAGCACCAAUCCAGCUUUCACACACAGGACGAUGACAGUCUGAAAGCCACCGACAGUGAUGAUGACAGGCCAGAAAAGGGACAACUGGAGCAGGAGGAGGCCCCCGAAGGAGGAGGCAUUGACAAGAACCAAAUGGAGGGAUUAAGAUUGAGUUUAACAUCUCUCCGUGACAUUGCCAUUGAUGAAGAUCCGCUCCAGACAAACCGUGCCCUGAGUGCUCUGUUAGAAGUGGACCGGGAUGAAACCCCAGUGGGCAUUGAGGAGGUGUUUGACAUCUUGCCCCUCUAUGGUAUACUUCAGCCAGGUGAUACAGAGCAGGUGACGAUGACCUUUUAUGGACAUGCAGACAUCUGGGGAGAGACGAAGGCUAUCUGUGUAGUAGAAGGAGGACCCACUUAUGAACUUCUCCUCAAAGGAGAGGCGUCCUUGGUCGAUUACAAGAUAGAUUGUAAGGAAAUUGAUUACGGGAAACAGAUGUAUGAUCAAGUGGCUUCAGCAGAAAUAACCCUUUGCAAUAGUGGAAAGGUCGGCUUUGAGUUUUGUGCCAUGGGGAUGGACCCGACCCUGGCCAAAAAACCUGCUCCCGGAGUUCCUAUCAUGGUUCCUCAUGCUGGUUUUGUGGAACCAUUAUCAGAGCAAAAGCUGGUGAUAAAGUAUCUACCUGGUGUCCCAGAAGUCUUCUCCAAAACAUUCAACAUCCAAGUGGCACACUUUGAACCAGACAAGAUUUGUAUCCAAGGGGAGGGUGUUUUUCCACGGAUAUCUCUGGAUCUGCCACGAACUUCCGAUCCUGAGGGACAUUACCUGGAGACUGUGCGCCAAGCUAAGGAGAAUCUAUACUCCGGCAAGACAUACCCUAAACCAUUGACAGAACGUCCCCAGAGUGGCCUCCCCUCAUCACAAAGAGUGCCGGGUGAUCAGCUCAUGACUCAGGGGGACAUUCCAGCUCAGCCACCAGAGUUGGAUGUACAAAUGGAGCUAGAGAGGCUGACUGUCAAGGAGUUUUCAAUGGAGAUGCAACAAAUUCAAUCAGUUCGUACCAACGCUGGAUUAGACAUGACUCCACCUGACAGCAACGAGACCCGUGAGUCUACAGACACGGAGGGACGACCUAAACGAAAGAAAGUCAAACCUAAGCUGCCAGAGUACCUGCUAGACUUUGGCUAUGUGGUGCUGGGAACAGUGAGGACUCACAUUGUACGGGCCACAAACACAGGCUGGUUCCCAACUUCCUUCCAGGUUGAGCGAGAGGAUAUCCAUCAUUUUGGAUUCCAUGUGGAGUUGGACAGAGUUAGAAACCUGCCAGGAGCACCUGAUCAUGAGACAGUGGAUUUUGUUGUUAGCUUUGAUCCUAGAGGUGCUAACCUUUCUGAGGGGUCUGUAGAAACCAUCGUUCCCAUUAAUAUAAUCAAUGGCCCAGUGAUACAGAUCAGACUACGAGCCAAGGUGACCAUGCCAGACAUGGAGAUCUCUGAUGACACCUUAGACUUCAAUGAAACCAAAUGUGGGGAAUGUAAGGUCAUCACAGUGCAGCUUCACAAUCAGCAGCAGGUCAAGUGUGAGUGGAACUCACUGCCUGCUGACAAGGACAGCAGAAAGAAAUACUAUGAGCAGCGUAUUCUCAUAAGAAUUGCCCAAAGUAGCCAACGAAUACUGUUGUUAUGUCGUGGCCAAGGACGAGAGCCACACUUGGACUUUGACAGAAACAUGGUGGAGUUUGGUCCUAUUCUCCCCCAUAGUAUGGGUGAUGAGCAGGACAUCGUGAUUAGAAAUCCGUGUAGCUUCCCUAUUGAAUUCUACAAUCUUGAGUUUGAUUCUACCUACCUAGAGGAAGAAAAGAUACUGCGUCUAAUGAAAGGCUAUGAUGAGAUGAACACAGUCUUACUUCCACCUCGUGGACCAACAGAGAAAUUGCCACAAGAACUCUUGGAAUAUUAUGAUGAACAAAUGAAGAAGUUAGAGGAGCUAGAGCGUGUAAGGAGGGAGGCUGAGGAGGUGGCAGCCGAAGCUGCUCGCCUGGAAGAGGACAAAGAUGGUGAGAGUGGAGAUGGUGAUGGGCGAGGGGAAGAGUCAGAAAUAAAGACUGAUGGAGCAUUUGGCACAGCUGCAGGCUCCCACCCUCCAUCUAUCAUAGAGCCUGUUGACAUUGAGGACAGACUGAAGAAGGAGGAGGGCAGUGAAGCACAAUCUACCAGUGCUCUCGGAGUUGGUGAGCUAGAGAUAACACCGGUGUCAGCUGCCAUCGCCCGACAUCUGGGCAUAGAUUUGACACCAGAAGGAACGGCAGCGCGCAAUCGCAGGGGGAUAGCGGUCGUUGUCCAUGGUGCACCCAUGUCCGGGAAAACUGUGACAUCAGUGGCGUUGGCCAGAAUGUAUGAGGCAGCGAUACUGACAAUAGACCAGGUAGUCCUGGAUGCCAUCUCCACAGGAACAAAGUCAGGCAUGCGUGCCCGUGAGAUGUGUCAGGAAGCUGCACGUAAGAGGGCAGAAGAGCUGAAGCUUAUGGAGGGGGAGGAGCUGGAGAAAAAGCCAGGAGGAGGUCUGAGUGUGGAGGCAGUCACUGCACACACACAGGGCACCACCAGCACAGCGGCCGUCUCACAGGCUCACUCCGUCGUGUCCAAUCGUAAGACUAGCACUGUUUCAGAUGUGAAGGGUAAAGACAAGCAUCAUGGUGGCAGUGUGGCUGGAGCUAAGACCGGGAUCAACACGUCCUCCAUUGAUGGAGCCACUGGCAGUCAGGUCACCCACGGAGGCCACGGCACUGUGCGAGCCAAGCCUGGGGACCCCCCAGCCUCUAACUCAGACAAGGUACCGAGCAGUCCACCGCCUUUGGCUGCACCCAUAGCCCGCCGACUCAGCGUCAGCGCAAGUGUAGCAGGUGAAGAAGGCUUGAUGAGCUGUGUGCUGCCUGAGGAUCUACUAGUUGACAUCAUCUCUGAGAGAUUACAGCUGAAUGACUGCCAUCGUGGUGUUGUACUGGACGGCCUGGAAACAUUAUUUGCCCAGAAUCUUCAUACUGCUGCCAACGUUAUCCUGAAGGCACUCAAUAAUAGACGCUUCAUUUACUUUUUAACUCUUAAACUCGACUACUGUGUACUGAAGGAACAGGAGAAAAAAGCCCAGGAGGAAAAUGAGCGUCUAGCUAGAGAGGAAGAAGAAAAUGACAGAGUGAGAUUAGAAGAGAUGUCGGAGGAUGAAUAUGACGCGCUGCCAGAUAAAGAGAAAGCUGCAGUUGACAUGAAGAGACUUGACAUAAAGAAAGAAAGGAUAAGAAAAGAAAAUGAGGAGCGCAUGGAACGUGACCGUUUGGAGCGAGAGGCUGCUGAAGCAGAGGCCAAGAGACUGGAGGAGGAAAAACCUAAGAAGAAGGGUAAGAAGGGCCCAGAAAAGGAGAAACCUAAGGAUGAGCCUGCCAAGGAUGGUAAGAAGAGUGUGGCUGCAACAGGCAAAACAACCAGCACCGACCGUAUACAAAAGUCCCAAGGAGGUCCUAAACCCCACGACAGUGACCAUCCAGUCAGCAAGGCCGGGUCCAGUAUCACUGACCGGCCAGAGUCACACCAGACAGAGAAAAGUGACACAGUUUUAGACGAUGGAAAGAAGGGAAAGAAAGGAGGCAAAGAUGCGAAAAAACCUGGUGAUGGAAAGGAAAAGUCAGACAAAGAGAAAGGAGAAAGCGAAACUGAAAUUGUACAUGACCCUCUCAAAGAGUCUGAAAUCUUACUCAUGCAACGAUUCCGUACAGUUGAGCAUUCUAGCAAGGAGAUUGCUGACCUCAUUGAGUUCUGGGACAGAACCACACUUGGUAUCAAACGACCACCCACUCCCUCAGAAAAGUCUGAAGAAGAUGGACAGCAUCAUCCACCAUCUGGCAAAAAAGCAAAGGGCAAAGAUAAACAUGACAAACAGGAGAAAGAGAAAGAAAAGGAAAGACAGAAACAGAUAGAGAAAGAAAACGCUGAAAGAGCUGCUAAGGAGGCCGCAGCAGCAGCUACCCAGCAGGGAGAACCAGCAGACGGCGAGGGAGUCGAAGAUACUCCAAAGGACGAGGAUGGUUCUGGCAUCCCCCAUCUCCACAUAGACUGCUCAGACAAGGCCAGCACUCCCUUUGACAAGCUCAUGAACCUACAGAAGCUACCCACCAUGAACGAGGUGCUGGAUGGAAUUGGACUUGGUCCGAGGGGCCCCCCGAUCCCACCCUCAGCCACAUUUGCCGUUGUGCCCUACCCUGUGAAGAGGAGAGCCCCUCCUGUGUCUGAGUUUGGAGGUCGCUACAUCUUUGUGGCUUCAUCCCCAGAUGACCCCAAUAUUGGUAUGUUGGAUUCUAAAGAUCCUGAACCCGAGGAGGAGAAGUCCGUUACCCCUGACAAAGGUAAUGACCUGGCAACUCCUACUAAAGGCAAGUCAGGCAAGACAGACAAGUCUGCUGGAAAGGAGGACAAGAAAGGGGAGAGAAAGAAGAGUGCAGAGAGGAAACAGACAUCAAAGACAGUGUCACGUCGCAAUUCAAUGCAGGUUCCAUCACCUCCCCCUGGGGCUGCCACACCUGUGUCAGACAUGGACAGCACUACCGGGGAAGGCUUUGGUGUAGCUGACGCCAAAACACCAAAGUUGUCAAUCUUUCGGUGGGUUGUCCCAGCCAAUGGGGAAGUAAUUCUGCGUCUGCGCUUCCAUUCAGAGGAGCUUGGCCAAUUUGACCAGACACUAAACUUUGAGAUUGUUGGUACUCGCCGAAGAUAUCAAUUGUACUGUCGUGGAAUAUGUGCUUUUCCCUCAAUUAGCAGGGAGCCGAGAAUUGUGUUCCCAAGUCGCAAGAAGAAUAAAAAGUCGGAUGAGAUUGUCCAUAAAAAGUAUAUCUUAUCAUCAGAUACUUUUGAGUUUGGUCCACUGCUCAUCAUGAAAUCAAGGGAAAGGUAUAAGGAGGGUCGGUAUCCAGAAAACAUGGAAAAACUAUUGAUAAACAACACGUCCCCAAUAGAGGCCGACAUCAGCUUUUGUUUCCAGCAUGAUAGCAAGGGUGAAACCUUUUUGCUCGACCCACCCAACAUGACACUGAAGCCUGGGGACACUCAGACGCUCACCAUAUGGGCAUACCCACGCUCCCCCGAGGUUUAUGAGGAUGCAAUAGUGUGUUGCAUACGGGAAAAUCCAGAACCUGUUGUCUUCCGAGUUAACUGUGUAGGGGUCAAAGCUGAACUGGAACUAGACAAGAAGGCAUUACACUUCGAAAAAGUUCUUCUGCACAGGAAGGAUACGAAGACAAUCUACCUGAGGAACAGCACCAUGUUACCGGUCCGGUGGAAGCUUAGUCUGCUGGAGAACCUGGGCGACGACUUUACAGUGGCCGCAGACAGUGGAGUGGUAGAGCCUCGCUCUGAAUACCCGCUCCAUUUCUACUUCCGAGCAAUGAAACCUGUACAGAGUGCUCGCAAAAUGAUAAGAUUGGAGAUCUACGAUGUGGAUGAGAUAUUUGGCAUGUUCAGUACCGAGAACAUCACUGUGACAGCUGAAGCCUACGAUAUUGCCCUGGACAUGAGCUUUCCCAAAGGUGCUGAUGGUGGAUUAGAUUUCGGAACAAUUCGUGUUGGAGAAGAACAGAAACAGCAAUGUACACUGAAAAACAGAGGCAAAUAUGAAAUACAAUAUCAAUUUGACUUGGAAGACUGCGACCCUGACAAUCCGAGCGCCUCUAAGCUGUUCACUGUUAUCCCACAGAAGGGUAGUUUGAGUCCCCUAGACAGACCAACCCAGGUUACAGUUUUGUUCAAGUCUAUGAAGGAGGUCCAUAUCAAGGAUCAGGCCAUCCUCAAAUGUCUCGUUAUUGAGCCAAAUGUGGCUGACGGAGGUGAGAUCAUUGCCAGUAUCCCUGUCAAAGUGACAGUAAAGGCUGGCUUCAAUAAGUACAAUGUCUUACCCACAAAUGAUAUCAACUUUGGCUCUAUGAUUGUCAACAGCAAGAAGACUCGCCAGUUUGUUAUCCAAAACAAAGGGGAGUUUGACAUGAAAUACACCAUUGUAAAGAUGAUCAAGGAAACCCAACAAUCUCAGACUCGUCAUGCUCGCCCCCCUAUUAAGGACAAUAAGCGGAGUAAGUCAAGGGAUGGCUCUAGCUCCGGGCGGUCAGUCGCCAGACCAAAGAAGGCCGAUUCGGUGAGUGAAUAUAGCACCACUCACAGUCAGAUUCAGCUCGCAAGUGGUGUGUCUCGCAUGAACAAUGUGGUAGUUAAUAGACGCUUGCACAAUAGCACCAGACAGGAGGGGGUGACCCAGUCCCGUCUGCCUCUGCAGAUGUUUGUAGUGUCACCAGCCAUUGGAAUUAUUUCUAGUAACAACAGCCAAGUGAUCAAUGUGGAGUGUAUAGCAGAAACCCCAGGCAGCUGUGAGGAGGAGUUGGCUAUAGAUAUUUCUGACCGAGACCCUACUGAUCAUCCAGGAGGGAUCCCCUACAAGCUCAUUGCAGAAGCAUGCAUUCCCUCCAUCAAUGUCGAUGACAUUGGCUCCAUCUUCGAGGAACAUAGAGUUUGCAAGAACCUGAGCAUUUGGCAACAUAACAACCAGCUACAAUUGGAAAACGAAGGUGGUGUGUAUGGGGAAGAUGAGAAAAAGUUUGUUUUCAACAACGUCAUUGUUGGACACAAAGCGAAAGCCCGAUUCAAGAUUGCAAACAUCAACAAAGUUCCAUGUGAUGUAGUGUUGUCACUGAAGCCCAUCCUUGUGAAAGGAAUGACUAAACAUCUGGAUGUGUUUGAGAUAGAGCCAGCAAAGGCUCUGAUUCCAAACCAUAGUCAUGUGUAUGCCACGGUCACGUUCACCCCUCCAUCUAUGCAGACAUUCUCAGCAACAUUUGAGGCUAGCAUUGAAGGUGUGCCGUCUAACCAAGCCAAAGGUCGUACCUUGACCUUUGAUAUCUCUGGCGAGGGCAACCUGCCUCGUAUCGGUAUUCAGAAACCAACAGUUAGAAACAAGAGGGGACAACCCCUGGUUCUGUUUAAGCGUAUUUUAUUGGGAAGGAGUGAUGUGAUGCCACUGAUCCUUGUGAACGAUGGAACACUGCCUAGUAAGGUAGACAUUGACCUCAUUGACCCAGACAAGGCCUUCCGGCUGAGACCAAGUGGGACAACGCAGGCCAUCAUGGAGGACGAUUUUGGAGAAGUCACCAAGCGCCCACACACAGCUUCUGUGAUCGUCAAUGUGAGCGAGGCUGCCUCCUUUGAUGUGAUUUUCAAACCUACUGCUGUGCAAAGAUCACAGGCCCAUAUUCGACUAACUGUCAUUGAUAACCAGUAUGAGGAUUCGGUCAUCCAGCUGGUUGGAGAGGGUUAUGAGGAGGAGAUCACUCUCGACAACAUCAACAGUAUCGAGGUACCAGUAGAGCCAGAAAACGAGGAAGGCAACAUGGCAGAGGAUGAUGUGGGAGCUGCCAAACCAAACUUGAUAAAGUUUGGUGACUGUGCCAUAGGAGAGCCCCGCACCCUUUCAUUUGCUAUGACCAACCAUUCCAAGACAGACAUCUACAGGUUCCAAUGGCCAGAAAAUGCCCUGCUAAAAUUUUCACCUACUGUGGGCCAUCUCCAUCCAGAAUCAACUAAGGAUAUGACCAUUACAUUCAAAAGUGAUCAGCCCAAGACCUUGACUGAGGAGAAAGUCAACUGCAAGGUGAACAAGAUCAUGUUCGAGAAGCAAGACAAAGUGGCUGACUGGGAUGAUAGGAUCCGGACAGUGAAGUGGGUGGAUGUGCCGACAUCGCCUCAGCCUUCCAGUGUCAAUGAGGGUGGUAACAAGGCACCACUAUCAUCAAGACCAGCCAAAAAGAAGGUGAUUGAAACAGAGGCAGAGCCUGUGUUUACAGAAGUGCCUGACAGUGCUCGCCAGGUGGACCUACUUGUAACAGCUCUGUGUGACUUCAGCAAAUACAAAUGCAAGAUAGAGGCUGUUAGCUUCCGAGACACUCUUAUGUUCCAGACAAGGGUCUAUGAUUUUACACUGAGUAACAAGGGUGCUGUCCAGAUGGACUACAGUUGGCAGGUGGUAAUGGAGAACAUGCCCACCUUCCAGCGAGCUGUAACAUUCAUGUCAGAGGCAGAACGACCAGAGUCACGCAUGGAUCUUGCUGACAGCAGUUAUGUCCCCUUCACCAUAGAACCAGAAUAUGGAACAAUACAGGCUGGCAAGAAAUCCAGCUUUAAAGUCAGGUUCUCUCCCUUAGAUGUGAAUGAUUAUGAGGCCAGACUGAUUUGUUCAAUUCCAAACCUAGAAAAGACACAACAAGGACCAGUGGUGGGAAUCAAAGGCAAGAGUCUGAUGCCCUACUGUCAUUUUGAACUGGAGGACUCGGACUAUAUUUCUAGCUCGAGACGUAACCCAGAGAUGCGAGGGCCAGGUGGGGCUCCUGCUGGUUCUACUCUCGACCCCAAUACUCGCGUCAUAGAGUUUAGCUGUAUUGGAGUUGGUGUGAGGAAUCUCAAAAACUUUGCCAUUGUGAACCCUACCAACCAACCCUACAACUUUGAGUGGUCCUGUGAAGAUGAUUCUGAUCCGAAGAAGCCUGCGUCCUUCAACUGUCUCGUACCUAAAGGCCUCAUCAAAAGUGGGAAGAAGUUUCAGGUUUCCUUUGAGUACGUCUCUCACCAAGUGGACAUAGUAGAGUCGUUUUGGAAGUUCCGUAUCCCAGAGCAGGACAUCACUGUUCCGUUCCUGUUGGUAGGAAAGGCGCGGGAACCAGAUAUCUCCAUGGAUCGCUCUCACAUGAACUUUAAAGCUCUACUCAUAGGUCACCAGGCUGUAGAACGAGUGUAUCUUAUAAACCAGGAGGAUCAACCAUUUUACUUCUCCUUUGAGGAAGAUUCCUGUCACUCUGCGGGAUAUUCAGACCAUCUUCAUGUGGAGCCAAUGUCGGGCAACAUUCCGGCAAAAUCCAGGAUGGCUGUAGAUCUAUAUUUCACUCCCACCACAGACAAGGAAGUCAACUUUAACAUUGUUUGUAAGAUCAAGAAAAAGGUUCUGCCAGUCACCCUAAACGUGAAGGCCGAGGGGUAUUCCAUGAAUUGCACUCUUACUUGUGAGGAUUCUCAGGGUAACAAGCAGGAGUUCUUUCAGGACAGUCACAACAUCAUCAAGUUUGGAGAGGUUGAAGUGAAUGAGCAACAGAUCAGGAACAUCUUUGUGAUGAAUUCUGGCAAGUUUAACUUUGACUUCCAGUGGGAACUCAAUACAGGAAACAAGAAGCGAGAAAUGGUGUCCAUUUCUCCCGUCUCUGGUGGAGUAGCUCACGGCGAAGAACAAAAGUGUACUCUCCUCUUUUGUCCUCCGUGUAAAACUUCCCUGAAGGACUGUUCCCUCAUUCUGAAGGUGUCUAACGGUCCAAGCUACCACGUAGCCCUGGAGGGACUGGGUGUCACCCCCGGACUCCAUUUCUCUUUCCAAUCCUGUAACUUUGGCAGUUGCUUCAUUUACCGUGCAGGAAUGCCUGCCCAUUAUAAGGUCCUAAAGCUCACGAACAAGGACAAGAAGGAAAUCAGUGUGGACUGCCUCUACGCCCAGACCAACCAUCUCCAUCACAACUUUGAGGCCUGCGUCAUCCAACCUGGCCAGUCAGUUGACGUGACCAUCACAUUUUAUCCACGCCAGGCAAUCAAGUACAAUGAGACCAUGACCUUUGAAAUCAACGGUUUGUCCAAACACAGUAUACAAGUGAUUGGGAAUGGCACAGAGAUGAAGAUUGAGGUUGCUGAUCCCAGGCAUAAAAUCUUGAACUUAGGCCCACGAGUUGUAAGCGAUCUUGUCAAGAAAUACAUUCCAAUAGUAAAUAACAGCCCGGCACCAAUAACUUUUAACCUGGCUCUUACCCCAGUGUCUGCAGCACUGCAGAAACCGGGUGUCAUCUCUAUCUCUCCCGUCAACACCAUCACUCUGGAGCCAAAGGGAGGCACCAUCAAGGUAGAGGUCAUAUUUGCUCCCAAGUGUAGGAUUCCCCAGUUCAGUGAGGAAGUGAUGCUGGAGUGUGCUGGACUAUAUCAGCCUCUAUUUGUGCUCCAAGGAUCCUGUUUGGGCAUGGAAAUCAAUCUAGACACCUACGCUAUUCCGUUUGGUGCUGUUGUCAAGGACAGUCAAAGUACACGCAAACUUGUGAUGAGUAACACUGGCGAUAUGAAUACAAAGUUUAAGUGGGAUAGCAAGAAAUUCCGCCCUGACUUUUCUAUUACCCCAGCAGAGGGCUACAUUACAUCAGGAAUGGAUGUGACAUUUGAGGUGACCUUCCAUCCGAAAGAACUCAAUCAAGACAUCAGAUAUGAUAGUUUGCGCUGCUUCUUCCCCGAGUCGAGUCCUCACAAGCCUGUCACUUUGACAUUGACUGGUAUGUGUGUGAGCUUGCCUGCUCCUAAAGAGACUCAGCACCUGUCAACACACGUAAGACAGGCAGAGACCAAGUUCCUGUCCAUCCCCAACAAAACUAACAUGACAUGGAUUCUUAAGCCUAUCAUUGAUGGAGAAUACUGGUCAGGGCCUGUCACCUUCACAGUUGAGGCUGGACAGACAAAACAGUUCCCCCUCACUUACCGUCCACUGACCAUGACACCAGAGGGCAAGAAACAUCAAGGGACUAUUUUCUUCCCAAUGCCAGACGGCCAAGGUUUACUGUUCAAUAUGAUGGGUGUGUCUGAGCCUCCAAAGCCAAACAGUAAACCUCACUUUGAUGUUCCAUGUAAGGUGGCCCACACAGAACUUCUCAGUGUGGACAACUGGCUGAAAAGGCCACAAAGAUUUGCUGUACUGAAAGAAACCAUAAAGGCUGAGAAACUAGACACGGGGACAUCAGUUAAGGGGAUGGAAUACAUUGAUGUUCCAGCCAGUGGUAAAAAGGACUACAAGCUGACAUUCUAUGCCCACAAGGAGGGUGUCACCAUGCUCAAGGUCACAUUUAUUAAUGAGAAGACUCAGGAAUACCAGUUCUAUGAGGUGACUUUUCGUGCAACAAAACAAGGGACUGUGGGAACCAUUGAUUUGUCCACCCCAGUCCGACAGAGUGUACUCCACACCAUCACUAUAGAUAAUCCUCUGGGAUAUGCUGUUUCCUUCAAUGGCACGUGUACUCUGCCAGAAAUCCUCAUGCCACCCCAGUUCAAUGUCCCUGCCAACUCAACAGGUGAAGUUAGCAUAGAGUACCAGCCUCUAAAGGUAGGCGAUUUCCAGGGCAAGAUCGAGUAUGUGUGUUCUGACCUUGGCAGCUACACCUAUGACCUUAACCUGAAAGCAACUGCUGCUGGACCAGAGAAGGCUCUCUAUUUUAGGACAUGUCUAGGUCAGGCACAGUCACACAUUGCAAAAUUCCUGAACUUUGCAAAACAGGCCAAAGCAGACUACACAUGCAAGACGGACAAUUCUGACUUCCAUGUAGAGAAGUCUGUGGCCGCAGCUCCAGGCUCUACUGGAGGCACUGAGGUCAAUCUAGAGGUCACAUUUGAACCUUCACGACUAGGUGAACAAAGAGCGAGUUUGCUGGUGAGCUCUACACAGGGAGGAGAGUACAUGUUCCCACUGUUUGGAACUUGUGUAGCACCUAAACCACAGGGACCGUACAUCAUCAAAGCAGCUGGCACCACACAUAUCUCUUUCCGUAACGUGUUUGCAAGUACAACACCAUUUAUGUUCCAAGUUGACAAUCCAUUAUUUCACCUUACAAAACAAAGUGAAAGUGUGCGGUCGCGGAAGGAGCACCGUAUCGUAGUGGGAUUUGAUGGCAAUGAUAGUGGCUCCAAGGCUGUGGUCAUGGGCAAACUUGUUGUAUCAUGUGCACGGUCAGCUGGAGGCAGUUCUAACGCCCAGUGGGUGUAUUAUCUUCGGGGCAUCACAGUGUAGAAACAAGAGUAACCAAAGGACUACACAGAUAAACAGCUUUAAACACUCAGAAUGUAUAUUAUGUUAUUAAUUACCUUGUGAAGGUACAAUGAUAAAAUCAAUCGUUAUGAAACACUUUUAUUUGUAAAUAUAUAUCAAUGUGAAUUUCUUUCAAAGGGAAAUACUUGGUGUAAAGAUUAAUGUUUGAUGGAAUGUAGGAUGGAUUUAUAAGGAUAAAAUUCAAAUAACAUUCCAAAAGAAACUUUUCAGUUUUCAAAUUUUCAACCGAAGGAAAUACUGGAAACAUUAUUUUUGAAAAAGUGUAUUUUUGUAUUGGCUGUUUUGUAUAUUUGCUAUAUAACAUGAUGAGAUUCAUAUAUAAAGGAAGAUAGAAAUAGAACUAGUGUGUCACUACAUUGGGCUAUCUGGUGAAAGCUGUUGUACAACAGUGCCUAUGAUUAUUUAUCAUCCUUUGCUAUACUCAUAAUAAUGCCAACACAAAAAUACUUGGAUUUUGUCAGUGCAUCAAUAUUUUGUUUAAAAAUGCCAUUUGACACAAUGCUGAUUACUAGUCUUUCAGCUGUAAUGAUUUAUGCACAUGUCACUGAAAACAAUAAAGGUAUUUAUUUAUUUAAA